AAAAUGAAUAUUGUUUGCAGGUUGGAUGAAUUGAACGCAGGCAAGCCACAAUGUCCUGUUAAUUUGAACACACUGAUAAUUCCUCGUCGGAAAUCUGCGAAAACAUGCAGUUCAUCCAGGCAACCAUAUGUAUAUUUGGGUUGUGGUCAUGUGCAAGGUAAACACACGUGGGGUUUGAAUAAUAUCAGUACGAAUUGUCCAUCGUAUAAAUGCCCGAUCUGUUUGGUAGAUUCAUCGAAGGUGAUUCAAUUAGUGAUGGGAAUGGAAUCGGCGUUUCAUUUGGAUUCCGGCGAAUUGGACUAUGCGUUCAAUCCGUGUGGCCAUGUUUGCUCGUUAGCUACUGUUAGGUGCGAUACUUUCUUGUUCAGUUGA